CGGCGCGCUGCCCCUGGGCUCCAGAAGGCUCAGCGGCGCGGCGGGGUGGAAGCGACUUUUCUGUACGUCGCGGUGGCAACGCGCGGGGCGGUUUCCGGAGGCGGUGGCCGAGGAAGGUCCUUUGGAAACUUCAGCACCUACAAGACCCUUUCGCAGCGGGGGGCUGGAAGCAGCGGAACGAAAAGCGGACGGUCCUUGGUUGCUGGGGCGGACGUGUGCUCAAUUUGUCCGUCCUUGCAAGUUUCCCCCAGGGCUGGAACCUAGACGUGUAGCCCUAUCAGGUUCUCCGGCACCGUAGUGGUCGUCACUGGCCCAAGUUAGAGGCCGACUGAGAAAUCUUCAUGCCUCAGACUUGUUGACCUACAGAAUGCUUCGAUACCCAUAUUUUUGUACAAUAUAUAAGGAAUAUUUCCCAUGUUGGUUGAAAUCUGGAAUACUUAAUUUAGGUUUCUGGCCAAAAAAAAUUCAUACUACAGCAGAAAGAUAUAAUGAAAAUGAAACCCAGGAGCAAAGAGAUCUAACUGGAGAUCAGGAGUUACAGACAUCUCAAGAUUUCGAUUCAGAAGCCAUGGCUAAAUUACAUAUUCCAGUAAUGGUGGAUGAAGUUGUUCGUUGUUUGGCGCCAGAAAAAGGGCAGAUUUUUCUAGAUAUGACAUUUGGUUCAGGAGGCCACACAAGAGCCAUUCUACAGAAGGAGUCAGAUAUUACUCUGUAUGCCUUAGACAGAGACCCGAUGGCUUAUGCAAUAGCUGAACAGCUUUCCAAAUUAUACCCUAAACAGAUCCGAGCUAUGCUAGGCCAGUUCAGCCAGGCAGAAGACUUAUUAAUGAAAGCCGGAGUGCAGCCAGGGACUUUGAAUGGAGUUCUUUUGGAUCUUGGGUGUUCCUCCAUGCAACUUGAUGCUCCCGAAAGAGGUUUUUCCCUUCGGAAGGAUGGACCCUUGGACAUGAGGAUGGAUGGUGGCAGGUACCCUGACAUGGCCACUGCUGCUGAUGUUGUGAAUGCUUUAGAUCAAAAGGCACUUGCAUCCAUCCUAAGAGCAUAUGGGGAGGAGAAGCAUGCCAAGAAAAUUGCUUCAGCUAUUGUUCAUGCACGCAGCAUAUACCCCAUCACAAGAACCCAGCAGCUUGCCAGCAUUGUUGCAGGUGCAUUUCCUCCCUCUGCUAUUUAUGCACGAAAAGACUUACUACAACGAUCUACCCAUAUUGCUACCAAGACUUUCCAAGCUCUUCGCAUAUUCGUGAACAAUGAGCUCAAUGAACUCUACAUGGGACUGAAGACAGCUCAGAAGUUUCUGAGACCUGGUGGUCGCCUUGUUGCCCUUUCCUUCCACUCAUUAGAGGAUCGAAUUGUCAAAAGGUUUUUGCUUGGGAUAAGCAUGAUGGAAAAGUUUAACUUAAGUGUUAGACAGAAGGUGAUACAAACAUCCCAGUUGAGUUCCUAUCAUGAAAACAAGGAAGGAAGCUCUGUAAGAGCUCCUUUAAUGUGGGAAUUGAUACAUAAGAAAGUGCUUACUCCGGAAGAUCAGGAUGUACAAAAUAACCCCAGAGGGCGCUCAGCCAAGCUUAGAGCAGCUGUGAAAUUAUGAGAUCAAAUUUUCCCUCAUUUUCUUUAAUUUAUUUUUCUAUGUGAUGAAUAGGUUAAUACCCCCAGCUUAAAGCAUAGGGUAGUCUUGAAAUUGAUAGUGUUUAGAAUUAUUUUCUUCGCAAAAGAAACUGGGAAAUUUUAGCAUAACAUAAAGUACAACUCAGAGCAGCAGCAUCUUAAGGCAGGAAAAAAAUGUUUAUCUUGCAUUAUAUUUGAUUUCUGAAAUUCUCUGACCAGGAAGUUUUUUAGAAUAAUAUUAUGUUUAUAUAAAUUUCUAAACUCCAACUGUCAAAGAGAAGGAGAUUAUAAUCAUGUCUGCAUGCCCUAAAUUCUGAAUUUAAAUAUUCAGAUUUACAACAGACUUUCUGUGGCUCAAAUAAUUCAUGAUGAUUAUGGAAUAAAUUUUAAUUCCCAUAUUGGUGAAUAAUAAAUUACUGCAGCUUUUUCACAAUAGGCUUUUUACAAGUUUUAAUUUUCAAAUAUUAUUUUAAAAUGCAUUAUACUGUGUAUUUCACUAUUAAAAUUUAUACUUCAUCACUUCAAAAGGAUUUUUCAAUAUAUAAUGGGCUAAUUUUCAUAAAUUCCAAAGUGAAAAUAUAGAAUUGCUCUAACAGCCAUCACAGAGAAGUGUUUCACAGAACUUAUGUUUAAUAUCAAUUGUAUCUGUUCUAAUAACUCAGAACACUAUUAGUGAAAAAUGUAAACUUGUUUGAAGCCAGCAUUUUUUAUUGAGCUAUUCAGAAGAAUUCAGUGGAGUCUAUUUGAAGUGGAAAACUGUCUGAUUUAUUCAAUAUAUUAAAAUUAAUGCUCCCUUAAUGUUUCUACCCAGUCAUAAUAACUAUAAUAAGGAUAAAAUGUGUAUUCAGGAAAAUUGUACUUGGUGGAAGAUUCUUUAACAAAUUGAUGAGAUUGAUUCAUAAUUUACAUGUCAUUUUUUAUUAGUAAAUAUGCACUUCUAAUUUAUUCAGUUAUUCAGCAAGUACUGAACUUUACAUUAGAGAAACAAAGGUGAGUACAAUACCCAUGACCCACCUAUUCCAUGAAGCUUGUUGUCUAGUGGAGGAGAAUGUUGUUAGCUAAAUAAUCACAAAAGUCAAUAUGAAAUGCACAGAGUGAUAAAUGCUACACAGAAGUGUAUAAUGUAAUUUAAGAGCCUCUAGUAGAGGAAACCAGGUCUGAGAACAUGAUACUUGAAUUAUGACCUGAAGGAUGAGUAGGAGAUAAUUAUUCAAAGGGUAUAUGGAGUGGGGAGGGAGCAUGGUGAUUAAAGUACAUGUAAAUGAGUAUUCUCUUAAGUAAUUCUUGAAAUCAUUAAUUUUCUCAGUAAACUAUUUCUUCAAAUACACAAAGAAUUCAUACUUUCUAGUAUGAUUACAUAUACUUAAUAGAGGAAUCCAAGUGAAUAAAAUACGUAACUAUAUUUACCUCAGACUUAUUUUAUUUACCUCUGUAAUAUUUAACUUAGUCUCCACACUUGUUAACUGUUUUUAUUUUACAGACUUUAUUUAAAUAUAAACAAUCCUGCAAUGAAUCAGAAUUAGAAAAAAUUCUGGAGAAUGUGCUGAAAAUAUAAACAAGAGAUACACCUAUGUUAAUCCCCUGAAUCUUACCUGAAGAAUUUUGUUUCUCUUCAUGUGUAGAAUAUAUUUGUGAAUGAGAAAGAUUCACAACAGUAAUUUCCCAUAUGAAUAUCUGAUUAGAAAACAAGACCACACUCUUAUAUUCAACCAUGAUUCACCUAUUUUUGCAUUCUUUAUAGUAUGGGGAAUUUUUUCUUUAAUGUCAAGUGAAAAUUAAUUGCACUGGAUUGGAUAGUGUGUGUCCUAAUAUUCAAGUGCUUCCUAGAACUUUAGAAUGAAACCUUAUUUGGAAAUACCAUCAUUUCAGAUGUGAGUGGUUACGAUGAGGUCAUACUGGAGCAGGGAUGGCCUUUAAUCCAAUAUGACUUGUGUCCUUAUAAGAAGAGGAGAGACAGAAGUGAAUGCUACAUGAAGUUGGAAGCAAAAAUUAGAGUGAUAAUUCUAUACGCGAAGGGAUACUGAAGAUUGUUGGCAACUACUAGAUGCUAGGAGAAAAGCAAGGAACAAAUUCUCCCUCAGAAUCUCUAGCAAGAACCCACUCUGCAGAUAUCUUGAUUUAGGGCUUCUAGCCUCUAAAGCGUUAAAAAUUACAUUCCAACUGUUUUAAGCUACCCAGUUUCUGGUAAUAUGUUACAGCAAAACCUAGGGGACUAAUACUCUGACAGAACAAAAUCUUGAGUGAGAUGAUGAGAAAAAUACCUCUUCAAUACACACCAAAUUGGUUUCAGAGUGUUUUAGUACAAAAUAUAUUAAAUGUUUUGUUUUUAGGCUUUGUUGUAAAGUAUAUAAUAAAACAUGUGAAUGAGUUUUAAAUGGUUAAUUAUGGAGAAUGGCUUUGGGAAAUUCAAGCAAUACACAUAGAAAAUAAAAAAUGGAUUAUUACAAUGAAUAUGUAAUACUUUUCUAAUAAAAUAUUUCUGAA